CGGGGACCCUCCCUAACCAACAUCCAGUUCUGGUAGGUCCUUUUUCAUGUUUUCCCUUCGCUUGCUGCCCCGAUGGCAGCAUGUGGCGAGAUCAAGGUGCCGCAGCAGCUGUUCGAGACCGACCGGACGUGCCGGGCCAUGGGGCCAUGGGCUAGACCUCUCGAGGUAUCGGCCGACUGGUGUUGGCUUGAGGCUGGGAGCUGACCUGCGGCGGCUGUCGGACGUGGCGAAGCCGCCGAGUUCGGUACUAGCGCAGACCGCGGCCGGGCUGGGGGUCUUCUUGGGCUUUGAUGCUGCGGUACGCUGGCUCAUCGAUACGUCCGAGAUGAAGACACUACCUUCCCAGAUUUGUAGUAUGCUCAGCGCAUUUGGUGGGCUUUCCCUUGCCCAAGUGAUUGCUCCAAGCAGCACGACAAUGUUGCACCAGGCCUUGCUACCAGCGGUGGCUUGGGUUGGCCGGUGGUUGCCGGUGUUUCUCGUGCCGGUGCAAGUGAUGCUGCCCACAAUCAACUUUCCAGGUGGACUGGCGGAAGCCGGCGGACUGGCCAUUCUCUUAGGGGCUGGCUGGUUUGGCGCCGUCGUUCUUGGGGCCCGCCUGGUCGGCGUGCUCUCCCACCAAGCCAUCACAGCACCUGCUGCUGGCGGCCGAAGCGCCGUGAAGAUGGGUUUGUGGCUGCCCUUGGGUUGGCUGUUGCUGGCGGCCUUGGUGGCACCUGCUGGGGUGAAGCCCGAAGUGAUGGAAGCGCUGGUGGUCGGCGGCGGCGACGAAGAGAUGGCUCGAAGUCUACGGGGUUUGAGCUUGGCCUCGGUGGGGGUGGGCAGCUUCGCCCUGGCCAUGCGACAGGGCUUGCCUGGCCAUCUCUGCUUCUUGGCCAACGGAGCCGCCACCAUUGCCGUGGCCGCCGCCAUGGCCUUUGCGCGGAACGAGAGCUACAGCCAGGUGGUGAAGCGUGACUAUUUGGUUGGUGCCAAUGGACCGCCCGGUUCAGGGGACCGAUUACUGUGGUGUUCCUUGACCUGUUACGUCAAGGUGAAGUAUGACGGGUCGAGUGAAGCAUCCGUUGGGCAUUUGUAGAUGUUCCUCCAAAUCCUUAUUUAAGCCAUACCUUGGGACCUUGCGUUUGACUAUGAUUUAACAUGAUUUAACAUGCAGUUGGUCGAAAGCGUAGUGAAAAGCAGUCAUCCACCGGAUUUCAGUAAAGAACAGCUUAGCAUGAACAAUAGGUUCCAGUGGGCCGAAGGAGAUGGCUCUUGUGAACUUUUCUGCCGGGAUGAGCAGGAUAGUCUCCCGCCCAACAUGGUGGGAGUUGGGACAGGAGCAGCACAGGUCCAUUUCAGGAUUCCUCUCCUCACCUUUGAGGUUUGGGACCUGCUUUGGUGGCCACUGGAGUGCAGAUGUUUCAAUAUCGCCCAAACCUUAGGGUUUGCUGUUAUUUGCUUGUGAGACAUGCACAAGCAGUGGAGCGAAACUGACACUCUCUUUUUCCCCCACAUGGUUGUUUUCUGCACCCGCCGUCUUCCCGUCACUCCGUCUCCUGCCCCCUCCCUCUACCACUCACCUGACACCACACAUUAACUCCUCUCUCACCACUCAUCUCACACGUCUCACACGUCUCACACGUCUCACACCAGUACUCAGAGCUUCCCGGCGGACUUGCUGCGCGCUUGGGUCGCCGGUUGCCGGAGGCUUGUCACGUGGCUUGUCACGGAGGCCGGCGCAGUACUCGGAGCCUCCCGCGGCCGACCUGUUGCGCGCUUCGUUUGCGCGCUUGGUCGGGGUGGCCGCCGGACGGCUGCUGCGUGGCAGGCGCACUCUCACUCUCUCACUCUCUCACUCUCUCACUCUUUCACUCACACCCACACUCACUCUCACUAUCUCUCACUCACACUCACUCUCACACUCACACUCACAUUCACACGCGCACUCACUCUCACUCUCACUCUCACACUCACACUGAUUUUACUCUCACUCUCACCCUCUCACUCUCUGACCCUCUCACCCUCACUCACGGUGCGAGUGCGAGUGCGAGUGCGAGUGCGAGUGCGAGUGCGAGUGCGAGUGCGAGUGAG